CGAGCGAGCAAGCGCUGCUCCGCAAAAAUGGAAGGGAAAACGGCGAGGGUGCGCGGCGGCGACGUGUCCGACCCGCUCGCCCUCACCCUCGGAUCCAUCUACGACGCCGCCGGCGCUGACGCCGCUGCUCCAGCCUCGCCGCCGCCGGCUCAUCUGGCUGCUCCUCCGCGCUCCACCCGCCGCCGCCUCAACAAUGGCUCGGCCGCCCGCCGCCGCCCCCGCGUCAAGCCGCGCGACGACGACGACGAGGACGCCGCCCUCGACGACGGGCCGCAGGAGCCGCCGUUCCCGUGGGCGACGGAGCGGCCCGCGCGGCACGACACGCUGGAGAGCCUGCUGCGCCGGGGCGUCACGUCCGUCGAGGGCCAGGCGCGCUGCAAGCGCUGCACCGCCCGGAGGCCCGUCGCGUACGACCUCGCGUCCAAGUUCCGGGAGCUGCGCGACCACAUCGUUGCCAACCGCCACGCCAUGAACGACCGCGCGCCCGACCCGUGGAUGUACCCGUCCCUGCCGGACUGCGGCGCCUGCGGGCACAAGGGCGCCAUGUGGCCGGAGAUCGCGGCCGACAAGCGCCAGAUCAACUGGCUGUUCCUCCUCCUGGGCCAGAUGCUCGGCUGCUGCACGCUGGAGCAGCUCAAGUACUUCUGCCAGAACACCGGCAGGCACCGCACCGGCGCCAAGAACAGGGUGCUCUACUACGCGUACAUCGAGAUGUGCAACCAGCUCGAGCCGUUUGAUUGACUGGUGCCACACCGGUAAAGUUUUCCGGCACAUCUAGAUUAAUUUAUCAGUCAGAGAACUCCACAGACUUUUGAGGGUGUCUGUUGUUUUGUUGAUCCGGUGGUUUAAAUUGAAAAGGAUGGAUGCUAUGGUGACAAAAGGCUGUGCUGGCUUUAUUAUGGGGUUGCAUGAUCA